AGAUAUCAACAGAAUAGACGAGGAGAUUUUUGUAAUCAUCUAUCUCACUUGAAGUUACGGAUGCUUACUGUUAACGUUAAUGUUGUCGUGCGAUUGACACUCCAGUGUUGAAUUAUAUUAGAACUAAAAGAAGAUUAAGGGGAAGUUGAUUGGUGAUGCUUGAGAUGCUUAAGGGAUAUUAAGAGUUGGUUCAAGGUGAUUUUAUGCUUAAUUUGGAGCAAGUUUGAGGUAAUUUUCUGCAAAGUUCAGAGCUGGUUUUUGCAGCUGACCCGCGUCGCACGGGUCAAAUCUUAGUAAUUGAUUGGUUUAUAGCACAAGGGUUUCAAAUGAAUUAGGAGCUGGUAAUCCAUUUGAAGCACGUGUUGCCGUGUUAGUUGCUAUGUCACUUGCACUCACUGAAACAAGUAUAGUGAGCGCAACCCUCUUUGCAUGCUGCCAUGUUUAUGGCUACAUUUUCAGUAGUGAUACGGAGGUUGUUAAAUACGUUACUGUCUUGGCUCUUCUGGUUUCUAUAUCUGUUAUACUCGAUAGCAUACAAGGCGUUUUCACAGGCGAUUGAGAGAAGGAGGGAGAGACUGGGAACUGAGGAGAUUGAGCAAACUGGAACACCAGUUCAUGCUAACCAGCUGACCAUUUUCUCUGAUCCAUCUUCAUUCUCUGCUGCUUUUGGAUCUUCUUCACGUGUCCACAAGAAAUCACCAAAAUCCUGCAUAAAGCUGAGUACACCUUAUGGAAGUAAAGUUCCAAAAAUCAUCAUCGACAUUGCGAAACUUCCUGCUGCUGAAGAUGGUGAAUCAGAGCUUCUGACUCCUCAGAAGAAGCAGCUAUUGCAUUCGAUUGAUAUAAUUGAGCGUGAAGUUAAGCAAUAGUUGAUGAAACUCAAAAGAACCCCUACAGCCAAUAACUUAUUACUAGAGAGGUCAAGAGAUUCCAUAUUCUUCAUGCGUCCAAUAUCUUUUGGUAUUGUUCCAAUCAAAUUAUUGUGAACCCUAAUGUCCAUGAGGUGAAUUGAAGAAGAUUUGAAGUGCAGAAAAACUAUUGAAGAUAGUUGAAGGAGAUAUCAUAGAGCAAAAGGAAAAGGAGAUUUGGGCUGAGCUUAAUCAUCUUCUGAUGAUUUAUAGGGAUCCAAAAGCAAAGAACUUGGUGAUUUUUCCAAUCUGCUUAAUCUUCUGCUUGAAGAUUAAAGCUGUAUACAUUUUAGAUUUUUCCUUGCAUCACCAUUCUUUGAUGAUUUUGUUGCAAUUUUGGUAUAAUCCAUUGUAUAUAUUACAAUGUAUGACUAUAAUUUUGAAUUGAAUGACACCUGUUUCUUUUCUCUUAA